CUUUUAUUAGUUUCUCAUUUCGAUUUCCGCCAAAUGGAAAAAGAAAAAUCGUGAUGGUCAUCAUCCAUGAUCUUGGCGAUGUGCAUGUAGCCUGUUAUUGUCGGUGUAUCGUCUCAUAAUAUGCAUGAAAAUGGGACAGAAAACAUCUUCCAUGGCACGAAAGGUGUCACAGUCAGUUUCAUCAAUGUUUGGCUCAACAAAUGAGAGUGGAGAGGGACCAAAUUCCUUGUCUGUGGCGAUAACGCCAUUUGUGUAUACCAAAAGAGGAUCAAGAUUUUACGACGAGGAUGGUGAUUUAGCCCAUGAGUUCUAUGAAGAAAAAGAUAUUAACGGCCAAACUGUUAUGGAACAACAUUGGCGAAACCUCAGACCCGAGGGUGACAUUAGACUUAACAUUCCACGGCUUCAUGUGGAUUUCCCUGUUGUGAUAUGUGAAGCUCCAUAUUCCAGUUGACAUUUAAUCCAGGAAUACACAAACUUAAUCAGAUGAAGACGCUGAGUGAAUAUGUGAAAAGUGACAACAAUUUUGCAUUUAAGACAGUGCAAGAUAUUUGCUGAACAAGUUCGACAAUGAAGGAGAUGCAGUGUGAUGAAGAUUGUGUUGAGAGCAGAUUUUAUGUGUUAUAAGUGUAUAAAGCAUGUAGAAAUCAAGACCUGUUUGUUAGCGUCUUACUAGUGCUCAAUAACACUAACAUGUAGCUUCAGUGUGAUUUGUGCAAUAUUUGGUUUUAUCAUUUGCAAAACGUUUAAAAUCAUGUAUGUAAUUUGUUUUGUGUUCCAAUUCCUAAAAGUCAUUUGUAUUUGUUGACUAAAGUUUGUAUAAAUUUAUUUAUUGCAAAACUGAUUUUGAAAUUUUAUAUUACAUGUUAGUAGAGUCAGGAAAUCUAAGUAAAGUUUUGAAAAAGCAUGUA